UCCAGUCCUGCUGGGCUACCCGGGCCAGUGCGAAACCGGGGUCGGGCCGGUAUUUCCCCGCGGGGCCCGGCUUGAUUUUUCUCUCUCUCUCUCCCCCCUCCCUCCUCUCUCCCAGUCAGUCGGAUGAACGGUCUCUGCAGGCCCGCUCAGCCGGCCCAGGUUUUUCCCGCGGGGGGAUAGCGAGGGGAUCCUUAUGCACAACCCCAUGAAAUGAACAAAGCUCCACAGCCCACAGGAGGAGCCCCGACUGCCCCGCACCCUGCCCCUUCUCCUGGACUGCCGCAGCCGACGUUCCCACCUGGUCAGACGGCACCUGUGGUUUUUAACCCGGCACCGACCUCACAAAUGAAUACGCCUUCUCAGCCGCGCCAGUUUCCAGCAGGGCCUCGGGCUAUUCACCAGCAGGGAGGAUUCAGGUCUCUUCAGCAUUUCUACCAGAACAGGGCACAGCCUCCUGCCAGUGCAUCCCGCGUGCAGAGUAACACGACGGCUCGGCCCGGCCCUCCUGCCCAUGUGUAUCCAGCUGCUUCCCAGGUGAUGAUGAUACCCUCCCAGAUAUCCUACACACCUUCCCAAGGAGCCUAUUACAUUCCUGGACAGGGUCGCUCCACGUACGUUGUCCCGACCCAACAGUACCCGGUCCAACCUGGCGCCCCUAGUUUUUACCCUGGAGCCAGCCCCACAGAGUUCGGGACUUACGCGGGUGCAUAUUACCCAGCACAGGGGGUGCAGCAGUUCUCAGCAGGGGUCCCUGCUGCCCAGGUCAUUGUGAGCCAGCAACCACCGAUCCCCCCAAAACGAGAACGCAAGACGAUCCGAAUACGAGACCCCAACCAAGGCGGCAAAGACAUAACAGAAGAAAUUAUGUCUGGAGCAAGGACCUCAUCCACCCCCACCCCUCCACAGGCUGGAAGCGGUUUGGAGCCCCAGGCCAAUGGAGAGACCCCCCAUGUAGCAGUUAUUGUCCGGCCUGAUGACCGCCCGAAGCCUGCGCUGGUGGUGAGCAAGCCCGUCUCCCUGGAGCCCAGCAAAUCGGCAUCCCCGUCGCCUCCCCCUCCCCUGAUCCCUGAGGUGGAGCCCGUGGUGCUCUCACCUGUGACGCUGGUGCCAAUGGAGCCUCCCGUGGACACGGACACAAAAGCGGAGCAGGGCGAGGCGCCACCUGACCCGCAAAAGACGUUAAGCGCCAUCACUACAGUGCCAGGGGCUGCGGAGUUGCCCCUUGUGCCCGCGCCCAACAUGGACACGGUGGCUGCGGAGGAGGAGGAGGAAGAGGAAGAGGAGGUUGCUAUUCCCCUCCCGGAGCCCACCCCACAGGAGCCUGUUCCCCCAGAGGUGCCGCCGGUGCCCGUUGUUCCCUCGAUGCCAGCCGUGCCCCUGGUGCCGGCUGCGCCAUCGCCGCCACCUGUUGUACCACAGGCCCCUGAAGCGCCCGCCAAACCUGCCUCCCCCAGCCCCCCACCGCCCCGGGAAGAGCCCUGCCCCAAGCCCACUGCUGAGGCCAAUGGGGUUUUGGAGGAGAUGCCUGAGACGGUCCCUGAGGCACCUGUGUGCCAGCCAGUGCCGGUCUCUGAGCCGGAGCCUGUGCCCAGCCUGGACUCCCCCAUUGCCCAGCCUGAAGAGCUGCCCCUACCCAAUGGGGUGGAGGGCACCAGCAAAGUGGAGCCAAGUGAGGAGCAGCCUGAGUCGGAUGUCAGCCCCAUCUCAGAGCCUGAAGAGCCAGCCCAGCCUGGCACCCCUGCCUCCCCACCUGCAGAGGAGGAGGAGGAGGAGAGUGAAGGCCCUGGUGAGACCCAGGAGCGAAGCUUGAGCCCAGCCCCUGCCCCCUCGCAGAUCUCGGAGGCGACCGCGCAAGUCGCCAUGUCGGUGCCAAAGAAGAAACGAAGGAUGAAGGAGCUGAACAAGAAGGAGGCAGUAGGUGAUUUGCUGGAUGCCUUUAAAGAGUCUCAGACUGGUGAUAGUGCCUCGGAGGCGGAGAACAAGCCCCCUGUAUCUGCCCCUGCCAGUGAAGCAGAGGAUGUGGCUCCUGCCCGUCCACAGGAAGAGUCAGAAGAGACGUGGGAGGAGAAGGAAGACAAGUUGGCCCCAGAGAAGGGCAAGGCUGCUGGCCAGAAGUACGGCUACAAGGAAGAGCAAUGGAAGCCACUGAACCCUGAGGAGAAGAAGCGAUACGACCGGGAGUUCCUGCUGGGCUUCCAGUUCAUCUUUGCCAGCAUGCAGAAACCUGAGGGGCUGCCACAGAUUACAGAUGUGGUGCUGGACAAGCCGUGUGUACCUUCACAGGCCAACAAGACCCCACUGCGGGCAAUCGACCCCAUCCGCCUCAGUGGCAUGAACUGCAGCCCUGACUUCACCCCCUCCUUCGCCAACCUUGGCCGGCCUGUCAUGGGCAACCGGGGCCUGCCUUCAGGGUUGGGUCCCCGCCGCUCCCAGCAGAGCCAGAGGAAGGAGCCCCGCAAAAUCAUUGCUACUGUGUCCCUCAAUGAGGAUGUCAAGCUGAACAAGGCCGAGAAGGCCUGGAAACCCAGCAGCAAACGUGCUUCCGAGGAGGAGGAUCCUGAGAAUAUCAAGACACAGGAACUGCUCCGCCGUGUCCGCAGCAUCCUCAACAAGCUGACGCCCCAGAUGUUCCAGCAACUAAUGAAGCAGGUGAUGGAGUUGUCCAUCGACACGGAGGAGCGGCUCAAGGGUGUCAUCGACCUCGUCUUCGAGAAGGCCAUCUCGGAGCCAAACUUCUCUGUUGCCUAUGCUAACAUGUGCCGUUGCCUUAUGGGGCUUAAAGUGCCCACAACAGACAAGCCCACAGUGACUGUGAACUUCCGCAAGCUGCUGCUUAACCGCUGCCAGAAGGAGUUUGAGAAGGACAAGGAUGAUGAUGAGAUCUUUGAGAAACGGCAGAAGGAGAUGGAUGAUGCCAGUGCUCCUGAGGAGAAGGCGCGUAUGAAAGAUGAGCUGGAGGAGGCGCGGGACAAGGCCCGACGACGAUCCCUGGGCAACAUCAAGUUCAUUGGAGAGCUCUUCAAACUCAAGAUGUUGACAGAGGCCAUUAUGCAUGACUGUGUGGUGAAGCUGCUCAAAAACCAUGAUGAGGAGUCUCUUGAGUGCCUUUGCCGCCUGCUUACGACUAUCGGCAAGGACUUGGACUUCGAGAAAGCCAAGCCCAGGAUGGACCAGUACUUCAAUCAGAUGGAAAAGAUCAUCAAAGAGAAAAAGACAUCAUCACGAAUCCGUUUCAUGCUGCAGGAUGUGAUUGACCUAAGACGGAGUAGCUGGGUGCCGCGGCGAGGAGACCAGGGCCCCAAAACCAUCGAUCAGAUCCACAAGGAAGCAGAGAUGGAGGAGCAUCGGGAACACAUCAAAGUGCAGCAGCUCAUGUCAAAGGACAAGAGGAGAGGACCCCCUGGGCCAUCCUCCGGUGGACGCAGUAGCCUGGUUGCAGAUGAUGGCUGGAACACAGUGCCCAUCAGCAAGGGCAACCGGCCCAUCGACACCAGCCGGCUAACGAAGAUCACCAAGCCUGGAUCCAUCGACUCCAAUAACCAGCUCUUUGCACCGGGUGGGCGGCUGAGCUGGGGCAAAGGCAGCAGCGGAGGGUCUGGCGCGAAGCCCACAGAUUCAGCAUCUGAUUCAGGGCGACCAGCCACAAGCACCUUGAACCGCUUCUCAGCGCUCCAGCAGUCAAUGCCUGCCGAGAGCCCAGAGUCCCGCCGUGUGGUGCAGAGGAGCAGCUCCAGCCGUGACAGGUCAGAGAAGGCUGGAGACAGAGGGGACCGGGAGUCACGUUCAGAGAAGGGCAGUGACCGUCUAGAGCGUCCUGACCGGGGGGAGAGAGCAGACAGGAACAGGUCUGCCCUCACCAAGAGGAGCUUCAGCAAAGAGACAGAGGACAGGAGCCGAGAACGGGAGAAGCAGGGAGGCCCCGAGGCCGUGCGCAAGGCUGCGAGCAUGACGGAGGAACGGGACCGGAGCCGAGAGACCAUUAAACAAGAGCCAACCCCUCCUGCAACAUCCACCAAGCCUGUACUGUCAGAAGAGGAACUGGAGAAGAAAUCCAAGGCGAUCAUAGAGGAGUACCUUCACAUCAAUGACAUGAAGGAGGCCCUGCAGUGUGUGCAGGAGCUGGGCAGCCCCUCCUCGCUCUACAUCUUUGUGCAAAAUGGCAUCGAGUCCACGCUGGAGAGGAGCACCAUCUCCCGUGAGCACAUGGGAGCCCUGCUCUGCCAGCUGGUGAAGGCAGGCACGCUCUCCAAGGAGCAGUAUUACAAAGGGCUGCGGGAGAUCUUGGAGAUUGCGGAGGACAUGGAGAUUGACAUCCCACACAUCUGGCUGUACUUGGCUGAGCUCAUCACCCCCAUCCUGCAAGAGGAAGGCAUCCCCAUGGAGGAGCUGUUCAGGGAGAUCACAAAGCCCCUGGUGCCCAUUGGGAAAGCCACCACACUGCUGGUUGAGGUGCUGGGCUUGUUGUGCAAGGGCAUGGGCCAGAAGACAGCAGGAAAGCUGUGGCGGGAUGGAGGCCUGAGCUGGAAGGAAUUCCUGCCUGAGGACCAGGAUGUCAACAAAUUUGUCACAGAGCAGAAAUUGGAGUACACAAUGGGGGACAGCUCAGACAUGCCAAGCCGAAAGGAGCUGACCUCUGAGGAGCUGUGCAAGCAAAUAGACAAACUGCUGAAGGAGAACCCGAACAACCAAAGAAUAUAUGACUGGAUUGAGGCCAACCUGAGUGAGCAGCAGGUCUCGUCCAACACGUUUAUCAGGGCCCUGAUGACGUCUGUGUGCCACUUGGCCAUUGUCUUUGAGAACCCGUACCGCGUGGAUGCCAUGGUCAUCCGCAACCAAGCCAAGCUGCUCCAGAAAUACCUGCGCGAUGAGCAGAAGGAGCUCCAGGCACUCUAUGCUCUGCAAGCCUUGGUGGUGAAGUUGGACCAGCCUCCCAACCUGCUGCGGAUGUUCUUUGAUGCCCUCUACGAUGAGGACGUCAUCAAGGAGGAGGCUUUCUACAAGUGGGAGUCCAGCAAGGACCCAGCCGAGCAGCAGGGCAAAGGGGUGGCUCUCAAAUCGGUGACAGCCUUUUUCACCUGGCUCCGGGAAGCUGAGGAUGAGUCGGACAACAACUGAGCAGCUAUGAGGAGGAGGAGGAGGAGGAAGAGGGGAGAGAGAGCGGGGGCACCCUAGGGAGUGACUCCAUCCCUUCCCAUCCCUGGCCCCCAUGGACUUGCUGAUGCCAGGGUAGAGGGACCUGCUGUGCCCCUUGCAGCCCCUCUCUCUCUUUUUUUCAGUUCUCCUCUCUCUUCUUCCUCUGCCCUGGUUCUGUUUGUAAGGCCUGUAUGAGUUUGUCAUGAUGAUAAUAAACAGAUGCUGACUGAGGCGGUGGCUGCCAUGGGUCCCCUUGGGGACCCUCUUCGCCCCCCUCCCAGCGCAGGCACACCGGGUCUCUGGGAGUGGGGCAGAGCACCCCUGGAUUCAUGUCAUGGAGAGGGGGGGAUGGGAUGGGGACAUAACUCUCCCCUCUUCUCCCUCCUUCUUUCUCCUCUCCCCUUCUUGAUGAAAUAUAGAGAGAUUAUAUAUAUAUAAACUUAUUAAAUUUGGUUUGGGGACAGGAGCGUGAUUUCUCCCCCUCCCCUGUCCUCUCUCUAUUCCUCCAUCACUGCCUGGACCCACUCCCCUGUAUGGUUUUUAAAUUUUAAAUAUAAAUCAUUCCCCCCCCCAGCUCCUGCUCUGACACCUGGGGAGGGUGCCGGGGAGGAGGGGGGGUGGCCCCUCCUCUCUGGGCCAGGCUGAGUCCCCUUCAUGACCCCAAAAGCCCCCAUCCUCUUCCCAAACGUUUAAGGCCACAAUUGGGCAAGUGACAGGGCGGCCCCCUCAUCCGCGUCCCCUGUAUUUAUAGAGCGCCGGAUGUGACGAGCCGCAUGUGUAAUUAUUAAAACAAGGAUUCAAUUACUGGUCACGUGAAUUUGUAAAUAAUUUUUUUUUCUUUUUUUUUUUUUCUUUAUGGAGUAUUUAAUUGAAGAUUUAAAGGCAUCUUUUCACCUUAAAACUGGAAAUAAAAGAACAUUGCUAAAUAA